CACGAAGUUAUCUGCCUGCAACAAUGAUUCAUGCACCUUGACCCGAGUCAUGUGUACCACCCGGCUGAAUUCUAGUGCAUAAGCCAGACAAAGGGUACCCUAAAUCGACCGCAACGGUACCGCAGGAAAGCCAUUCACCCAAAUGACAGGACCCAAGAAGGUCGCCAUAAUAGGCGCCGGCCCCUCAGGCCUUGUCACAGCCAAAACACUCCUCUACGAUCAUCCCAACGGAACCUUUGCGCCGGUUAUCUUCGAACAACGACACGAUAUCGGUGGUCUGUGGCCCAACAGUCUAGCAGUGACAACAACACAUAAUACAUCCGAUCCUACCUCCCACGGACAGAAUGAAUCGACCGUUGGCCCACUGAACCCGUUCAUGCGGACAAAUCUCAGUCGCUUCACCGUUGCGUUCUCUGAUCUGGCAUGGGAAUCUGUCGUUGAGGAUACGGAAGUGCCUAUGUUUCCGCAAGCAUGGCAGGUGGGGAAAUACUUGGAUAAGUAUGCGGAGCGGUUUCUUCCGAAUGGAGUGUUGAGAUUGGGACGGAGGGUUGUGCGGACGAGUCAGAAGGUUGGAGAUGGAGAUGGGCAGGGGAGACAGUGGGCGGUGCAAUGGGUUGAAAGUCGCGAUGAAAAGAAUGGAGAUCAAGAGAUAAAGUCGGAAGAGUUUGAUCUCCUUGUCGUUGCUUCUGGCUACUUUGCGUCGCCCAGCAUUCCAGAAAUCCCUGGAUUAGACGGGUUCAUGGAUAGAACCAUCCACAGCUCGUCUCUGCACAACGCUGAGUGCCUCCUACAAAAAUCCAACGGAACCGGCGGGAAAUUGGUCGUUAUAGGUGGGAGUCUGUCGGGGACUGAGGCUGUCUCGACUCUUGCUCUUCAUGUCUCUUCGUCCAAAUUUACCAGGGAACCAGCAGAAAAAGCCUACCAGGUGCAUCAUGUUUGUACUAGGCCGUUCUGGACGAUACCGGCUUAUCUACCUCGAGAGACAACAUAUACGCCCACUAAUAAGACAGUGUCUUUCAUCUCCUUGGACUUGGUGAUGUAUGACCUGUCUCGACGACCCCCGGGACCAAUUGAAUACGCCUUUGGGCCAGUCCCGGCUCAGAAAGCACAGAAGACGAAUGAUUAUUUGUACUCGCUACUCGGUAGUGAUUACGGGAAGUUUGGAAAUAUUAGAGGAGGCAAUGAGGAAGUUUCGCAACCCCCUUGGGUUUCCAUUGGAAACGAUUACGCAGAAUACGUUCGAUCUGGGGCUGUUACCCCUACAAUUGGCAGGGUCAGCGCUGUCUACAGAAGUCAGAAUUCCGACUUAGCGACAAUCAACAUUAGUCUUCCGGACGGUGAAACGGUCACGCUCGACAACGUCGCAGCCAUUGUAUUGGCAACCGGCUUCACCCCCUACAACUCCCUCUCAUUCUUACCCAGUUCAGUCCUCUCUUUGCUAGAGUAUUCCGAAAACGACCCAUUCUUCCCCCUAGUCCUAGAUGGAAAGGGAACCAUGCACGCAGAUAUCCCUGAUGUAGGGUUCGUGGGCUUCUACCGAGGACCAUACUGGGGAGUCAUGGAGAUGCAGGCUCGACACGUAGCAGCGAAUUGGGCUAGAGCGGAGCCAGAUAACUGCGAGAUAAACGCGAAGAAAAAAGAAGAAGAGAGGCAACGUAUCCGGGACCUGAGAAACAUGGAUCCACAGCUUUACCGCGGCCAGUUCCCGAUGGGUGAUUAUGUGGGUUUGAUGGAGUCGUUUUCAAGGGAGCUAGAGAUGUCCCGGAUACCACUUUUGCAAUCUGAGAGUGAUGAAGAGGAGAGAAGUGGUCCAGUGCUACCGGCCCGGUAUACAUUCGCGGGCGAAUUCCCAAACACGAUCAAAGCAGAAUCAGACAGAGACAUUACGCUCAAUUCUCUGCGAAGCAUUCUAUUCCCCGGACAGAAUCAGAUAAAUACCUUAUCCACCGCAACAGCAAUAUCCACAGCCAUCUUCCGAGCCUUACACGGGACCUGGAAAAUAACCCGAACUUACAAUGACCGAACCACCCACGGAACAGCAACAUUCCACCCUCGACACCCAACCUCCUCAACCUACGAAAAAGAAUACCUCUACGAGGAAUCAGAACCUGUACCCGGAGAGCAACCUGGUUCCAUAACCCAAAAAUCACCAACAAAAGCAACAACAAACAUACUCAUCUACUGCCUACGCGCGCCAGAGAGUACCGGUCCCAACACCCCCCGCAUCCUCGUUUGGUCUGUGGACAUGGCUAAAGAUCCAAGCACGGCUGCGCGGCUUUCACAUGGAAUUAACCCAGCUACGACAGCAGAAACAUACGUUGAUCAGAGAGUUGAAGAAGGUAAGGAGGCGAGCCUAGGUGGAUAUACAGUGCAUGCGGUGGGGGCUGCCGGAAAUAUAGCGCAAUGUGAAAGGCGCGGAUAUACAUUUCAUUUUCAGGGGGUGUCGAUUUUGUCUUGGGGGUGUUGUGUUAAAACGGGUGAUGAGGGCUAUUCUAUACGGACGGUAUAUAAGCGUGAUUGACCAAGUGCCACAAUACUUCUGAAGGAAGGGUACUGCGGCAGAUCAUUCAAAAAACCCAAUUUAUUCUAUUCAGAAUACUAUAAUUACCGAAGCUAUCCU